AUGGCUUCUGGGUAUAAGAGAGACCCUAUCUGGGAAUAUUUUGAAGAAAUUCCUUCUCUGGGUAAAAAAGAAAAACGCAUCAAGUGUAAGCAGCGCAAGAAGGAGAUGCAGGGCCUAGUUGCAAGAAUGAAACAUCAUAAUGAAAACUGCUUAUUGGGAGAAAAUGAUGUGCAUGAAGAUGUGGAUAUGUCUGAAGAACAACAGUUGAUGUUGAUCAACUGGUUAAUAUGGGACGCUGUCGAUACAGGCCGCUGUUUAAAAACUUAUUCCUGUCACUCUUGUGCUGUUCGAGCUGCUCAAUGGUCUUUAUGUGGAAGAAGAAUUCUCAGUGGAGGUUUUGAUUUUAUGCUUCACUUAACAGAUGUUGAAACAGGUGUAGAAGACCUCUUCCUGCUGCUUUAUAAAGGGGCACAGGUGUUUACCAGCAAAAAUGAAUAUCGGAUCAGCACACUGAAGUUUCACCCUAGUGAUCCUAAUAUUUUUAUUUGCGGAGGGUUUGGCCCAGAAGUUAAAGCAUGGGAUAUCAGGAACUGUAAGGUGAUAAAAGUCUACAAAGCUGCAGUACAGCAGACUUUGGAUGUCCUCUUUCUUCCUGAAGGAAAAGAAUUUCUUACAAGCACAGAUGCAGUAAGCAGGGACUCAGCUGACCGUACUAUUAUUGCAUGGGACUUCCACAGUGCUGCAAAAAUCUCCAAUCAGAUUUUUCAUGAGCGUUAUACCUGUCCAAGUCUGACCUUGCAUCCUAAAGAAUCUACAUUUGUCGCUCAAACAAAUGGAAACUACAUGGCAUUGUUUUCUACCCAGAGGCCUUACAGAAUCAACAAAAAGAAAAGAUAUGAAGGGCAUAAGGUGGAAGGGUUUGCAGUGGACUGUGAAUUUUCUCCAGAUGGGGCACUUCUACUGACAGGAAGUUCAGAGGGCAAAGUAUUUUUCUAUAACUAUCACACUGCUAGAAUCAUUCACACUUUGUCUGCACAUGACCAGGCCUGUGUGAGUGCAACAUUUCACCCAGUCCUUCCAUCACUGCUUGCCACAUGUGACUGGGCUGGAGAAAUUAAAGUCUGGCAAUAACUGCGCUGUGUUCUGUCUGUACUGGAUGUAUGAAUGCCGGUGUUUCACCAUCCUUUCAUGUUGCGCACAUUGAUUUCUUUUUCCUGUGAACAUCAAGCAAUUUGUUGUCAUUUUUCAUAUUCCUUCUAGGAUUUCUUGGGUAAGAUUUUCAAACUAGAUUAGUUCAAGUAACAGUGGGUGCAUCUACAUGAGAUGCUUCAGGCACAGCCAAUUAAUUCUAUUGUGCAUUAGUGCGGUGGGCAAGACCCAUGCUAAUGCGCAGUAGGUUUAGCCUACUGUGUAUUAAUGUUCAAAGACUGUUCAUUUGCAGUCUUUGAACAUUAAUACAGGUACUAAACUUAAUGUACUGUAAUUAUGGCAUAUUAAUGAAUGUAUGGACGUGCCCACUGUGUUCUUGAAAAUUUCACCUCUAAACCUCUUUUAUAUUAAACCUAAUCUUCUUACUGUGUUCCCAGUUGGGUUAAAAACAGAUUUUUUUGUGAAUAUGAACGUAUCAAAAAUUUAAAAUGAACACUUCACAUUAAUGUUAGGGUCUGCUGCUUAGAAUCUCACUUCCUUGGUGCUCUUGCCUGUAUAAACAUUGGGGAACCCCAGCAGGGGCAAGUCUCAGGAAAAUAGAUAAUAGUUCAGCUUUUUAUAACAGCAUCUUCCAGCCCUAAUGCAACGGGGAGGAAAUUUCAGCUAAAGAUUACAGGGAGGGGGCCAGCUCUUCUAUAAAUAAGUGUUGAUUCUUUUAAUGUACAUCUCACCAGCUACAGGCUUUGGAGAAGAUCCUCAGAUGGUGUUAAAUUGUCAUAGCGCCACUGAAGGGAAGUAUAAUAGUUAUGGGCCUAUUCAAAUCAAGGAAGAAGGUGGCCAAUUUGGCAGGCAGAUCAUGGUGCAAGCCACCAUUUUUGCAGGCUUAUCACAGCAGGGUCCCCCUAUGCCUCUGAUUUGCUAAGGGGCUCUGGUAGGCCCACGCCCCACUGCUGAUUGGUUAAGUGGUCUGUCUGUCAUAAGACCCCACCCCCUCACCGUCAAUUGGUGGAGAGGGCUCUGCAUCGCGAGGCCCUGCCCCUCACUGAUAAUUGGUGGAGAGGGGUGGGGCCACAAGACAGGCUGCCUUCAGCCAAUCAUCAGUGUGGGGUGGGGACGGCAACCAUCGUGGUUGCUCCCCUUUGUGCUGACAGCCCCCCUUACCACUUCCUCCUGGCAGGCUGUAUGGCU